AUGGGUGACUAUAAGCCAACCAGCGCUAUCUCCCCGGCACCCGCCAUGACUACAAAGCCCAUUGAGAAUGAAGCUCUCGAUCCCCAAAGUGCGGUCCUCUACCGACAACUUCGCCAAAAGCCUCUUAACAUCGUUGGAGGAAGAGGGAGCUACCUUCUCACGGAUGAUGGUCAAGAGAUCCUAGAUGCCACCUGCGGCGCUGCGGUCUCCUGUCUCGGCCACAGCGACGAGCGUGUACACGCCGCCAUCUUAGAUCAGCUACAAAAGAUUCCCUACUGCUACUCUUUGUACUUCACCAACAGCGCUGCAGAGAAUCUUUCCAGGUUUCUUGUUGACUCGACCGGGGGCAAGAUGUCCCGCGCGUUCAUUGUGAGCUCGGGUACUGAAGCUGUCGAGGCAGCUGUCAAAAUGGCAAUGCAGUAUUACACCGAAUUGCCAACGCCACAGCCCCAGCGUAUCAAUUUCAUCUCCCGCCAGUCGUCUUACCACGGCAACACGUUGGGAUCCCUUGCUAUCGGUCAUCAUGUAGCUCGCAGAGCCAUCUAUGAGAACAUACUGUCGAAGAAUAUCCAUCAUGUCUCGCAGUGCUAUCCUUACCGCAAUAUGCAGAUCAAUGAAACCACUGAGAGCUAUGUAGCUCGACUAGCCCAGGAGCUCGAGGAUGAAUUCCAGAGAUUGGGCCCGGACACCGUGUGUGCAUUCGUGGCUGAAACUAUGCCCGGCGCUACUCUGGGCUGUGUUCCCCCAUUGCCAGGAUAUCUCAAAGCAAUGAAGAGUGUCUGCGAGCGGCACGGUGCCCUAUUGAUAUUGGACGAGGUUAUGUCUGGAAUGGGACGAACGGGGACCCUUCACGCCUGGGAGCAGGAAGACGUCGUCCCUGAUCUCCAGACCAUUGCCAAGGGUCUCGGUGCUGGGUAUGCACCAAUCGCAGGCUUGCUACUUAACAAGCACGUGGUGGAUACCUUGACCAAGGGUACGGGAGCAUUUGUUCACGGACAGACGUACCAAGGCCACCCAGUCUCAUGUGCGGCCGCGUACAAGGUGCAGAAACUCAUACAGGAAGACAACCUCCUCGCGAAUGUGCGGACCAUGGGCGAGUACCUCGGUCAGCUUCUUCACGAACGACUGGACAAUCAUCCUCAUGUUGGUGAUAUUCGUGGAAGGGGUCUAUUCUGGGCUCUCGAAUUUGUGCAGGAUAAAACCACAAAAGAACCAUAUUCUCCCUCGAAGACCCUGUCAUGGACGCUUCACACUGCUGGCUUGAAGCCCGAGUAUUCCAUCUCCCUCAUGCCUGGAAAUGGUGGGAUUGAUGGCAAGAAUGGCGAUCAUAUUAUUCUGGCGCCGCCGUACAAUACUACCAAGGCUGAGAUAGAGAUGAUUGUGGAUCGGACGGCUCGUGUGAUCCAGGAAGUCUUGGGUUAG